GAGGCACUGCCCAUUUCCCGAUCGCCGUCCUGCGCGAGCCGACGGACGCUUUAGCAAAGGAAUUUAUUAUUAUAAGAGAAAAAGAUGCGAUGUUUUAUAUGCGUAUGCACGGUAGCGAAACCUGACACUGACUGAAGAAAGACACGCCAGUAGAGCCGAGUUCUAUUUUAAGUCCAUUCAUCAGCUCAGACCCCCACAUCUACAGUUUCUCCCUCUGGCCUUCGCCUACAGAUCCCACAGUGCACUGAGCCCCGCCCUUCCUGUUCACCAUGGCGACGGUGGUGAUGGAGCAGAUCGGCCGGCUGUUCAUCAACGUGCAGCAGCUGCGGCAGAUCCCGCGCCUGCUGGAGACCGCGUUUCCCACGCUGCCUUGCACCGUGAAGGCCGCCGACGUGCCCUGGGUGUUCCGCGAGCCGCACAUCCUGGCGGGGUACCGCCCGCCGGACCAGUCCUGGCGCUACUACGGCCUGACGCUCUUCCAGCGCCACAACGAGGCCGUCAACGUGUGGACCCACCUGCUGGCGGCGCUGGUGAUCCUGGUGAAGUUCCGGCAGCUGUCGGAGACGGUGGACUUCCUGCGGGACGCGCACGCGCUGCCGCUCUUCAUCGUGCUGCUGUCGGCCUUCACCUACCUCUCCUGCAGCGCGGCGGCCCACCUGCUGUCCGCCCGGUCCGAGCUCUCGCACUACACCUUCUUCUUCCUGGACUACGUGGGCGUGGCCGUGUACCAGUACGGCAGCGCCCUGGCGCACUACUACUACGCCAUCGAGGAGGACUGGCACGCCCGCGUGCGCGGCUGCUUCCUGCCGGCCGCCGCCUUCCUGGCCUGGCUGUCGUGCGCGGGCUGCUGCUACGGCAAGCUGGAGAGCCGGCGGCUGCCCAAGGCGGCGCACAAGCUGUUCCAGGUGGUGCCGUCGGGCCUGGCGUACUGCCUGGACAUCUCGCCCGUCCUGCACCGCAUCCACGCCUGCUCGCUGCGCGGCGGCGCCGACCCCGCCGUGGACUACCACCGCUGCCAGGUGCUCUUCUUCCUGGUGAGCGCCUACUUCUUCGCCUUCCCGCACCCCGAGCGCUGGUUCCCCGGGCGCUGCGACUUCAUUGGCCAGGGCCACCAGGUGUUCCACGUGUUCCUGGUGCUGUGCACGCUGGUGCAGAUCGAGGCCGUGCGGCUGGACUACGGCACGCGCCGCGCCCUCUACCAGCGUCUCCACGGCGACCUGGCGCACGACUCGGUGGCGCUGUUCGUCUUCACGGCCUGCUGCAGCGCGCUGACCGCCUUCUACAUGCGCCAACGCGUGCGCGCCCUGCUCAGAGACAAGGAGGAGUAGGGGUGUGUGUGUGUGUGAGUGUGUGUGUGUGUGUGCACGCAUGUGUGUGAGCGUUGUGUGUGUGUGUGUGAGUGUGUGUGUGUGUGUGUGUGUGUGUGUGAGUGAGUGUGUGUGUGAGUAUGUGUGUGUGUGUGUGAGUGUGUGAGUGUGUGUGUGAGUGUGUGAGUGUGUGUGUUUGUGUGUGUGUGAGUGUGUGAGUGUGUGUGUGUGUGUGUGCGUGUGUGUGUGUGUGUGUGUGUCUGUUGAGAGGAACAGAUUCACAAGCCAGUCCGAGAGAGAAAGGAGAGGAGAGAUGAGGGGAAUAAAGCACAUUUUCAGUGAAAAAGGCAUAAACAGCAAACAGCCCCCGUGGUGUUUCCGAGGCUUCUCAUAUACGCGGUCUGUUGGAAAUAAAGCGGCCAUUGUCUGAGCAGGCCAGGGGAAGACAUGGACGUCCUCCACAGAGUCCACUGUGUGUCUGUGAAUCGCCCAUUCUGUGACUCGACCUCAUUUCUCAAAUGGACGCGUUCUUCCUGUGAGUGCUCUGAGACCGUCGUCAGCAAGGGGGUGAAAAACUGAGCACAUCUGAAGAAGAAACACUCGAUCAAAGCUGAAGCAGGGACUUUAUCCAGUACGAUACAGACUUUCAGUCCUGGCAGGUUCUUCUUUGUGACUGGGUAACUCACGGACCACUGUGGUCCUCCUCCCAAAGAAACAACAGUUCCUUCAUUUCCCCCCUAGAUGGCGAUAUUAAGGGGAUGCCUGAAAAUCCCGUCUGAGAGCAGUGCCUGUUUUUGCUCUUGUAAUUUUCUGAAUUUAAUUUUGUUUGGUGGUCAUGUGGAGAGUUGGUGAGACGUAACCGGAUCUGUAGGAUUAUUCUGUCCCUGUAAUUCCAUCCUUCCACACAGCUCCAGUGCAGAAUAAGUACACUUACAGUCAGAGAGCCACUCUACGCAUGUUAGCAUGCAGUAAUCAGGGUUCCCAAGAGCCACUCUACACAUGCAGUAAAGCGGAGUUCCAAAGAGCCACUCUACACAUGUUAACAUGCAGUAAAGCAGAGUUCCAAAGAGCCGCUCUACACAUGCAGUAAAGCGGAGUUCCAAAGAGCCGCUCUACACAUGCAGUAAAGCAGAGUUCCAAAGAGCCACUCUACACAUGUUAACAUGCAGUAAAGCAGAGUUCCAAAGAGCCGCUCUACACAUGCAGUAAUCAGGGUUCCAAAGAGCCGCUCUACACAUGUUAACAUGCAGUAAAGCAGAGUUCCACAUAGAUACUCUUGUUGUAAAACUGCUUCUUUGUGCUUAAAGUGGCUACUAAGACCAGCCUAUGGACCACUGGUCCAGUUAAUCAGUCCCUCAGUCCAAAGGCUGUGGUCUGGUAACUGGUGAACUGCCAUGUCCUUGAUGUGGGGAUUAGUGAGGGGAUUAGUGCCCAGAACCUACUGAUCACACAGUGCUCCAGACUUCAGCCUUAAACAUGGAGCAGGAGCUGAGCUGGCCACAGUCCUGCCCAAAUGUGCCAGUGUCAUGUGAUCACUGAGUGUGGGCAUCAGAGCAGCCGUCGCCUGUUACUCACGGGAGAGCGGAGGAGGAAGGAGCUGAGUGGUCUCAUGAGUGACAAGCAGGCUGCAGCGCCCCCUGGUGGUGUCCCAGGGACACUGGCAAAGCUGUCUGCGUGAGAUGGCUAUGUGCCCUGUGUGCCCUGGGUUAGUGUGAUGUCUCUGUUGGCAUGGUGACGGUGUACCUUCUGCAUCCCAAAGGGCUCAAAGUUCAUCUUUGCCUUUCCUCAUUCUGUGCAUGCCGACGCCUUUGCAUGCAUUCUGUGCGUUACUGCCUCUGGCGGACAUUUUGUGUAGCAGGUCAGCGCUUUACGGAUUUGGUGAUGUGGGCGUGGCCAGGGCUGCCAUAUGUAGGCGGGGCCAGGGGUGAGGGUGUGGUUUUGCUUUUUGAGUGAGAUCAUCAUGACAGAACUCAUUCUGGUUCUUCCCCUGGUUUCAGGGUUGAGUAAGAAACAGGUCGUGUCCCAAACUAAGCACUUGCCUACUGUCGAGCGUAGUAUGUUGAGUACGCCAAAUGAGAAACCUAAGUAGGCCAAAAUUUCUCUCGGUGUAGUGUACUGAAAAUCCUGGGAUGAAAUUCUUAUUUCGGGGAUUUCUCUGAGUAUAGUUGGGAGCGUACUUUUCACUUUGGUCUCUUAAAUAUGACACGCUGCUUUGCUGACUUUCUCCUUCAGUAACAACAACAAGCAUAACUACAUAAGGGCGAAACGUGUUACAGCACUUACAGUACGGCUGGAAAAUAAUACUGAGAAUGUUUAUCGCAAACUGCCCAUCGUAUACUAAAAUAUAUGCACUACAAUAGUUAGGAGGCUGAUUCAGACACAGUUCUUACCUACUGACAUCAUCACUCUGCACCAUAGUCUGACAUCAUCACUGUGCACCAUAGUCUGUCAUCAUCACUCUGCACCAUAGUCUGUCAUCAUCACUCUGCGCCAUAGUCUGACAUCAUGACUCUGCACCAUAGUCUGUCAUCAUCACUGUGCGCCAUAGUCUGUCAUCAUCACUGCGCCAUAGUCUGUCAUCAUCACUGUGCGCCAUAGUCUGUCAUUAUCAUUCUGCGCCAUAGUCUGACAUAAUCACUCUGCGCCAUAGUCUGACAUCAUCACUCUGCACCAUAGUCUGACAUCAUCACUCUGCACCAUAGUCUGACAUCAUCACUCUGCGCCAUAGUCUGUCAUCAUCCCUGUGCGCCAUAGUCUGACAUCAUCACUGUGCGCCAUAGUCUGUCAUCAUCACUGUGCGCCAUGCUGUCUCACAGCCCCAGAGCCUUCCCCUGUGUACGAUUUCCCCUGAGGGUCUGACAGAGGUACAUAUUCCAGCCUUCUAUUCUGACUUUUUUCUUUCGGCCUUGUGAUAAAUGACUUAUCUCCUCCAGCUCUAGAGAGAGACUUAUCCCUGCUCUGAGCAGGUAUAUGUUCUGGAACUUUCUUUCCUAACAGCCGGUCCAGGAGCACUUUUACCUGGCUUUAUUCCUAAUGCUAAACAUGUGGGCAGAAUAUGUCCGGGAGAGGGAUGAUGUCACUGGCACAUGAUGCCAUGGCUAGAUGAUGCAGCUGAGAGAAGAAGCCAGCUGCAUUGUCCUGCCUUGGUGCGCAGUGCUCCCAGAACAGGUGUGAAAAAAGGAAAUAGCAGCCAUUUUGGCUCCCAGUACCCUUCGUGGGGACAGGACCCAUGGCCAGUGGCAUGUUAACUGGCAGCCUUUGGUUCAGCUUAUUUCCUGAGUGAGAAACCUGGGGGCCCUUGUGGUGUGUUUCUCAUGUGCUGUAACUGAGAAUCUGUGACCUCCUACAGGAAUGAAAUGAGUCAAAUGAUAAUAGUGGAGUGGUGCUGUCAAAGAUUAUUAUAUUUAAAGAACUUAGACUUUGGGUUUUUCAGUCCUAUGUUUUAUAAAAACAGAAAUUAGUCCGUACAAGUCUCUGAUUGGUCACAUUGCAUUGUAGUCAGCAAAUCAAAAGCUAUUAUUUUGGCUUAUUUUGUUAGCAUAUGUUCAUAUUCGGACUGUAAUUGUCAUAGUUAACUUGCCAGAUGGCCUGCUAUCUAGCCUCUUCUCUGUACAAGCUAGCGGGAAUGCAAGCUGCUGGUUGUGUAAGGAACAACAGUAGGUCAUGCGUUAUAUUUGACCAAUCAGAGACUGGUAGGCAGAAUCAUAACUUGUCUCAAGUAUCCCUAUUACCUUUAUCAGAUUGUCAUAAACAAAAUCAUGUUCUCAAAAUCUUUGACAGAGCCUUCAUAAUGUUAUUGCUAAACUCUUAUUUAUUUUGUAGAAACUUGCAGUUUGUCAGUGAAAGUCUAUGGGGGACUGCUUCUUGCGUAGACAAUGCCAUAUUGUUAUGCCUCUAGUGGUCAAGUAUUUGGACAUGUUAAUGCUUGUGCACGCAAUACCCACAAUCCACCACUCCAUGGGCCUUAUGUAGAAACAGUUUUGCUUAUUUUAUACCCUGAUAUCUAUUUAGAAUAAUAAAAUUAAAGUGUGAAUUGAUGUCUUUUAAACAAUUUUGCCCGCUGCAGUAGUUUUUGUAUUUUUACUAAAACUUCCUUAAAAAAAUGCCUGUUUGUUAAUAUUACACAUGUGUAUAAUUCACAGAUAAAGUGACUUAAGUAAAACCUUCUGAUCAUGACAGAAUCAUAUGUGUUCUAUACUCAUAGGGUGUUGAUCUUUCUGUACUGGUUCUGUGUUUUUCUGAGAACUGAUGUCACAUUUUUGUGUACACUGUUUGUGUAAAAGAAGUGCUUGUUAUGAGCUGUUAUACGGGUACAGGCUGUGUAUUUUAUGUGCAAGGAGACUUGUGAUGCCGCAGGUUCAUGUUUGAGCCCAGGAAAACCUCUCUGACAUCAAUCCUAUGGGACAUUCUGACUGGAUUACAGAACACAAGCCCAGUGAUUCCUUUGUGACAUCACUCUUACAUGAUGUGCUGACUGGAACACAGAACACAGGCCCAGUGAUUCCUUUGUGACAUCACAUUUAUUAAGUGCCAGGUUGACAAGAAUUUGGAGGAAAGGCCCUGUGAACUCUCUGAUGUCAUAUUUAAGCGACACAUUGGCUGCAAUACACCAUGAAAAUGCCCUAUGUCACUGCCACUGUGGAGGCACAUGCCACACCUGUCAGAAUGGAUACUUGCUUUGCCCACAACGUACACUCACUGUAAUGACCAGGAACGUUGUAUUUUUUAGCUUUUUCUACUAGCUAAUAAUACUUCGGACAAACUCACCAGCUAGUUAGCUACUUUAAUAAUGUAAUGUUUUUGUUAACCAGGUCAGCUGCUAACGUUAUACAUAGUAAGUGUUCGCUCAGUUAAGACAAUGAGUAAUUAGAUUGCAGAAUAACGUAGCUAACUGCAUGGUAAAGAAAUGAAAUAAGAACAGGAACAUGCGUGUACUGUACCCUAGUGUACUAGGAUUUAUUAGUUUCAGUCAUCGUCAUCGUUGCUGUGAGCAUAACUAUGUUAAUGACACCGCACUUCCAUGGUGUAUUUACAAAUUGAGCAGAGGAAAUGCUGUAUGAUGCAGCUGAGCUUUUACAGAGAGGGGCGCACAGAGCUGACCUCGCACGUCGCAGGAAUAUGAGGUCACAGAGAGAGGAGGAGGCGCAGUGAGCUGGUGUCCGGGUCCAGGUGGCCGGUGACAGUGUGAGACGGGCAGUUUUGGGGCCGUGGGGGCGCAUGUUCUUCCUGGAGGUCACACUGGACAAGCAGAGCACUUCAGACGAAAACGCGAUGAACCAUGUAAAAAAAAAAAAAAAAGACUGUGUUAAUGCAC